UGCUUUUACAGCUGAGAUUUUUCUUUUUAAAAAAAAAAAAAAUCGAAAAUGGCGAAUCUAUUCAACGUUACAGCUCCUUUCCUUUCAAAGCCGUUCACGAAGACGGCACCGCAUCACCUGUGUUGCUCCUCUUCUUCCGAUCCUCCCGAGAAGAACCCUCCGGAGUCUUCUCCUCCUCCUCCUCCUCCUCCUCCUCCUCCUCCUCCAUCUCAGUCCAUAAGGACGGAGCAACCAGUCGCAUCGCAACAGAAGAGGAAGAAGAGCGUCGAGACGACGGAUUGGGUGGCUUCUUCGUUGACGCGACGGUUCGGAAUCGGCGCUGGUCUUGCCUGGGCUGGGUUUCUAGCUUUCGGUGUUAUCUCAGAGCAGAUCAAAACAAGGAUUGAGGUUUCUCAGGAAGAAGCCAACACAAGAGACGUAGAAGAAGAGAAAGAGAUUGUCUUGCCCAGUGGCAUAAGGUACUAUGAUCUACGGCUUGGAGGAGGGGCAACACCAAGACCAGGUGAUUUGGUAGUGAUUAAUAUGAAAGGACAAGUGCAAGAAACCGGGCAAGUGUUCGUGGACACGUUUGAAAGCAAAGACAAUAAGAAGCCACUGGCCCUUGUGCUGGGUUCAAAACCAUAUAGCAAAGGAUUAUGCGAAGGCGUUGACUAUGUUCUGAGGUCCAUGAAGGCUGGAGGUAAAAGAAGAGUGAUCCUUCCACCAUCCUUAGGAUUUGGAGAUGAGGGUGCUGAACUUGAAUCCGGUUUUCAGAUUCCCCCUUCUGCUUCUCUGGAGUACGUAAUUGAGAUUGAAAGAGUCUCAAUUGCUCCUGCUUGAGUUCUUGAGCUUUGUGUUUGCUUACCAAAUCUUGUAUUGAGAGAGAUUAUUGGAGGGAAAAUUGUGAAGUAGUAAAAAAUUACAAACUUUUUCUUUAUAGAGAGACGUGCAUAUAGGAUCUAGGAAUCUUGGGUCAAGGCUUCAGUUCCAGACAUACAUUUGUUUUC